AUCCUGUCUCUCUUCAGUGACACAAACCCAAAGAAAAGUAGUGAGAAACAAAAUCGAGGUAACUACUAGAUGAAGACGAUGACGCAAUUAAAUAUUGCGGUUGUGGUUGUAGUGACGGUUCUUAUUGGAAUGUUGAGAUCAUCGGAGGCUCAACUUCAAAUGAAUUUCUACGCGAAGAGCUGUCCAAACGCAGAGAAAAUCAUUUCAGAUCAUAUUCAAAAUCAUAUCCACAAUGGUCCUUCUCUUGCAGCUCCUCUCAUCCGAAUGCACUUCCAUGAUUGCUUCGUUAGGGGAUGUGACGGAUCGGUGUUGAUAAAUUCAACAUCUGGUAACGCAGAGAGAGAUGCACCACCGAAUCUAACACUUAGAGGAUUCGGUUUCGUGGAAAGGAUUAAGGCUCUUCUUGAAAAAGUGUGUCCUAAGACUGUUUCUUGCGCAGAUAUCAUUGCUUUGACUGCUAGAGACGCAGUUGUCGCCACCGGAGGUCCUUCAUGGAGUGUUCCAACGGGUAGAAGAGACGGUAGGAUCUCAAAUAAGACGGAGGCUACUAAUAACAUUCCACCUCCAACGAGUAAUUUCACGACUUUACAACGACUUUUCAAAAACCAAGGCCUUAAUCUCAAGGACCUUGUUCUGCUCUCUGGGGCUCACACGAUUGGCGUCUCACAUUGUUCUUCCAUGAAUACGCGUCUCUACAACUUCUCGACUACAGUAAAACAAGAUCCAUCUCUCGAUAGCCAGUAUGCAGCAAAUCUAAAGGCUAACAAAUGUAAGAGCCUUAACGACAAUAGCACCAUCCUCGAGAUGGAUCCCGGUAGUAGCAGAAGCUUCGAUCUCAGUUAUUAUAGGCUUGUCUUGAAGAGGAGAGGCUUGUUUCAGUCUGAUUCUGCAUUAACAACGAACUCAGCGACUUUGAAGGUGAUCAACGACUUGGUCAACGGUUCUGAAAAGAAGUUUUUCAAAGCUUUUGCUAAGUCAAUGGAGAAGAUGGGGAGAGUUAAAGUGAAGACUGGCUCAGCUGGUGUGAUCAGGACACGGUGUUCUGUCGCUGGAAGUUAGUAAGCUUCAGGGUCGGAAUGUGGUGUGUUAUGGUCAUUGUUGUUUUGUGUGACUUUCGGAAAAAACAAAUGUUGUUAAUUUAAUUUUGUUGUUGUUUGAUUUGUGUUUAUGCACCCAAGAAUGAUGUGUUAUGGUUCAAUUAAUAUGUGAAUCAUUUAAAUUUACAAUAAUUCUUAUU